AAUCCACAUUCUCUGCAUUCUACAAAGCUAGUUAAACCACUUCCAUUCCAAACCAAACCAACCAAAUUCCAUAUUACAUUUCAUUCAUCUCAAUUCUCUCUCUCUCUCUCUCUCAACCAUGCCUGUUGUCACAGAACACAUCAAAUGGAGGAGACCAAGAAACCAGUUAAGACACCCCAUUUCAGAAACUCAUCCAAUUUCUACAAUCCAAUCCGUUCAAUGCAAAUCCGCUAUCUCCUCUCUCUUAUCUUCUUUCUCCAACACCACCAAUGAAACCACACAUGAAAGAGGCCAUAACAGUAAAAACAACAACAACAACAACAUGGACAAGAACAAAAGCAACAAAAGCAACAGAAACUUCUCUGCUGCAACGUUCGGAGGGUUCGGCUGCACUGCUGGUGAGUCACAGAAGGUGUCGGUUCCAGCAGUGAUUCGAUCCUCCGCAGAGUGGCAAGGGAAGAAGAACAGAAAGAAGAAACACAGAAGGAACAGUAACAGUAACAGAAGCAAGACUUGUGAUGGGGUUGUUGUUGAUGAUGGUUCUUCUGGUUCCCUCGUGGAUUUUCAGGAUGUUUGGUGUGGCCCUGGAAUUGGGUUCUCAACUGAUGCUGCUGUUGCAUCUGUGGAUUGUGUUGUGGGUAGGAGGAAUGUGUCUGCAAGAGGAAAACUUGAUGUGGAGAGAAUAACACACAGGGAGCGUUCAUCUUAUUUUGGAAGGCGCACUGUGAACUCAGAAAGCUUCUCCUUUGUGGAUGAUGAUGAUCAUGACAUUGUUUCAGCACGCCAUGGAUUAGACCCUUUUGGCACUGCUAGAUUCUAUCGCCAUGUUCCAUAUCCUUCCUCUGAUGGUCUUGCUGAGAUAAUGAUACUUCAAGGAAGAAUAAUUAUGGGGGGACGAUUAAAUUCACAUGACCAAUUUAGAGAUUGGAGACUUGAUGUUGAUAACAUGUCAUAUGAGCAAUUGCUUGAGCUGGGUGAGAGAAUUGGUUAUGUCAACACUGGACUUAAAGAAGAUGAGAUGGGACUCAACAUAAGGAAAGUUAAACUUUCAAUUUCAAAUGAUACAUCAAAGCAUCAAAUAGAAAAAAAGUGCAGUGUUUGUCAAGAGGAGUAUGAAUCGGAUGAUGAAUUGGGGAGAUUAAAUUGUGGACAUAGCUAUCAUUUUGAGUGUAUAAAACAAUGGUUAGUGCAUAAAAACUUCUGCCCAGUGUGUAAGCAAGAAGUUGUGGCUCGAAUCUGAGUGGCACAGUUCUCAUGUUUUCUUCACCUUAAAUUUAUGUAUAGCUUUUUUUAUAUUCAAUAUAAGCAAUCUUCAUUACCUCUUUUAAAACUUUUGGCUUCCUUAGUGAGGAGUUGGCAAUUUACAUGUGUUAUAUAGGACUUGUUUAUUUUCCUGUUGGAAAAUUUAUUUUCAUACUUUUUAAUGAAAAUAUAUAAUUUAGAUUAAUU